AUGGCUGGAAAGUCGUUCCCACAAAUAGCCUUGUCCUUCUUGUUUAAACUUGUGAGACAGAGCAAUGCCCAUGCAAGCCAAGUAAAGUAUCAGAAAUACACCUCUCUUCUCCACAGAGCAGAGGAUCUUUCGACCCAAACACUGAUUUUUCACGCAGAGGAUGCACUGCUCAAAUCAUCUUCAUUGUUUCCUUACUUCAUGCUGGUGGCCUUUGAAGCCGGGGGGCUCUUGAGGGCUCUCGUUUUCUUUCUUCUCUACCCUUUGGCUUGCUUGUUUGGUGAGGAGCUGGGGUUGAAGAUCAAGGUUUUCUUAUGCUUCUUUGGGAUUAAAAAGGAGGGUUUCAGAAUCGGCAGCUCUGUUUUGCCCAAGUUCUUCUCACAAGAUGUCGGCCGUGAAGGGUUUGAAUUGGUGAUGAGUUUUGGGAGAAAGGUGGCGGUCAGUAACUUCCCCACACUCAUGGUUAGAGGGUUUUUGCAAGACUAUUUAGGUGUUGAUGCUGUUGUGGGAAGAGAAUUAAAGGUUGUUUGUGGCUAUUUUGUCGGGUUAAUGGAGGAGGAAGAAAAAAUGGCAGAUCUUGGUCCUGAGGAGCAGGAGAAAACUUCCUCCCAUGUCAUUGGCAUUGGUUGCUACAGAUCGGUUCUUCAUCAGCACCCCUUUGCCCAUUGCAAGGAGGUUUACUUGGUGAGCAAAGCUGAGAAGAGGAACUGGCAUGUUCUUCCAAGGGAGAAACAUCCGAAGCCUUUGAUCUUCCACGACGGCAGAUUGGCUUUCAGGCCAACCCCACUAGCCACCCUAGCCAUGUUCAUGUGGAUUCCCCUCGGGAUUUUACUUUUCAUGAUCAGAUUCGCCGCUGGCCAGCUACUCCCUCUCUGCUUAUGCUCUCCAAUAAUGGCCUUCACAGGAGCAAUAACCAUUAUUUCAAGACCACCUAAAUCCUCCAAUAUUAAUCCAACCAAAUCCUCCAACGGCACGCUCUAUGUCUGCAACCACAGAACAAUGCUCGACCCAGUCUACGUCAGCGCAGCCGCCAGCAACCCAUCACUCUCUGCAGUCACCUACAGCAUAAGCAAAAUCUACGAGGUGAUUUCUCCAAUCAACACCAUCCAUCUAACAAGAGACAGGGAAAAAGAUGGGAUUGCAAUGAAGAAGCUGCUGAGCCAAGGCGACCUCGCAGUAUGCCCUGAAGGAACAACUUGCAGGGAACCUUAUUUACUGAGGUUCAGUCCUCUGUUUGCAGAGGUGGCGGAUGACAUCACUCCGGUCGCCAUAGAUGUGAAGGUAACCAUCUUUUACGGCACAACAGCUAGCGGGUUUAAAUGCUUAGACCCUGUGUUUUUCCUCAUGAAUCCAUUCCCUACGUAUACUGUCAAAAUUCUUGAGAAGCUGCCGAGCUCGCAAGCUUGUAAGCAUGGUGGGGUGUCCAAGUAUGAAGUAGCCAAUCAUGUGCAGUAUGAGAUAGCCAAAGCUUUGGGGUUCGAGUGUACCAGUUUUACAAGGAAGGACAAGUACAUGAUCUUAGCAGGCAAUGAGGGACUAGUUUAGGGUUGUAAUAAAAUACCUUUUUCUUUCUUUCUUUCUUUCUUUCUUCUGUGUUAUUGUAUAA